AGCCGACCCAACCCGCCGGCACCGCCGUCCGAAGGGGCACUUGGAGACCGACCCGUCUCUCCUCUCUGGCACAGCGGCCCGGCGCCCUUGCAAGAGAGCGCGGCGAGGGACAUGGCUCCGCUGGCCGCCUUCCCGGGGAAGCUGCUGCUGACGCUGCUUCUCGGCGGCGCCUUAAGCCUGGCUGGCGGCACCCCGACGGCAGCGAGCGCGCCGCCGGCCGUGCCUUGCCAGGCCCCGCUGCAGUGGGAAGGGCGCACGGUGGUGUACGACCACAGCACCGGCAGGAACACCCGGGCGGCCGUGUCCUACGACGGCCAGAACCAGCGCCUGCGGAUCCUGGAGGAGAAGAAGGGGCUCAUCCCUUGCAAGAAAUUUUUUGAAUAUAUCUACCUCUAUAAAGACAUGGUGAUGUUCCAGAUUGAGCAAGUGACAAAGCUGUGUUCCAAGAUUGCCUUGACUGAGCCUUGGGAUCCUUACGAUAUUCCCGACAACUCAACCUACGAAGAUCAGAACUACAUUGGAGGGCCUGGGGACCAAAUUAUGGUACAGGAAUGGUCUGACAGAAAACCAGCUAGGAAAUUUGAAACCUGGGUUGGCGUAUACACUGUCAAGGACUGUUACCCAGUGCAGGAGACCUACACCAGGAACUACAGCGUGACAACCUCCACCCGAUUUUUUGAUCUAAAGCUUGGGAUAAGUGAUCCAUCUGUAUUCACGCCUCCCAGCACCUGCCAGACAGCACAACCAAACAAGAUGAGCGAUGGGUGCUAAUCAUGGAGAUGGGCUUUUACAUGCAAACAUAUGUAAUAUAGAUUAUUAUCAUUCAUUAAUCCUCAGCUGCUGAUGUCAAACAUGGUGGUUGCGCUUUGCAGAAUGGAGGGCUUUGGGAAUGAGAUCUCUCGUUGACUAGAAAAAGCGAGAACACCCAUCUCUCCACCAGAGUCUCAUUUAAUAUUGUCCUCACAUUGUACACUUACCCGUGAAGCAUUUCUUUCAGCUGCUGCAGUUUUGUUUGAAGAACCUGUUGGCUUAUAUUUCCCAAGAGACACAUUGUGCUCUUUAAAGCAUAUUAAAAUAUCACGUGCAUUUGCUCGUUUUGGAGAAAUGAGCAGACUUUAAGACAUGUAGCAGAGAAGGCAUUUCCAUAACAUGCCACCAUUAACCGAUUAUGUAGAGAGAUUUCCUUAACGUCUUGAAAGUCGUUACAGUGAAUGAAUUUGCUUUUUUUGGGGGGGGGAGGAAAUCAAGAAUAACUAUUCCUAUAAUAAGUGACUGGUGUGAUGCUACAAAUACUACAAUGAUGCCCAAGUGUUCUACUUAAUACUGCUUUCAUGGGAUCUGAUGGGAUUUCCCUCUUUUAUGCACCCCCAUAUUAAAUAUGCUUUGUUAAAGCAAUGUUCCUUUGAAUUUAUGCAAAAAAAGGAUUGCUUUACUUGUUUAACAGUCUCUCAUUGAAAACCUAUAGAGCUGGUGUCUUGUCAGAAAUAUAUAUUUGGCAACAUUAGAUAUAUUUAGGAUUCAAGUGCACUGCACCCAAUGAAUAUAUACCGGUAUAUAUACACUAUAGUAUUUAUUGUAUUUAUUUGUAGUUAACCUCUGCCAACAAACUUCAACUGUUCAACAGUCCCUUGCACUGAAGUCUGCUGCUAUUCAUGAGCUUUGUUCUAUUUUUAGGAUUGUUUUAAUUUUGUUGGCAUUUGUUUGUAAGGCAUGUGUGAGUUUGGUUUUCGUCAGAGAAAGUAUGGCGCGAA